AUUUCAAUCGUAUAGCAAUUAAUAUAAAGAUUAUUAACUAUAUAAAUUUAUAUAUUUAUCAAAGAAGAUUCCAGAAAGACGUAGAAGCGAUACUAUACACAUAGAGAAAUGUUUGUAUAUGUAUAUCGCCGCGGUUUUUGAAAAAUAUUGGUUUGAUGUUAACAGAAACAAUAUAGAUUUGACGGAAUAAUAUAACAUAGAUUUGUUAAUUAUUAAGACUUAAUUAUAGUGAAUUAUUAUUACAAAAUUAUACUAAAUAAUAUCGAACUAUUCUAAAAAAUAUCAAACAGUAACAAAAGAAAUGCCAGGAUAUGGGCCAUUUAUACUUGGAGUUGCGCCAAAAUGGGCGCUAUCAAAUAAUUUCAUGCAGUGGGAUUACAUACAAGAAUUGGUAGCACAUGGUGAUGUGCCUGAUGUAUAUGAUUUACGUCACAAGGAAGAAAAUAUAAGUGCAGCAGAUUUAGAUUUAUCUUAUGUUAAUCAAUUUAUAAACUUCAUACAACCUAUAAAUAAUAAUAAAAUAGCAAAUUCUGUUAUACAGAAAGAUAUAACUGAUAAAUGCUUAUCAGAAUUCUCAGAACUUGUGCUUAAAAACCAUAAGGAACAUUGUAGUACCUGUCAUAGUGACGAUAAUAAAAUAAAAACAACUAAUUUAUUGAAUACUAACAAAGACACAAUCAUUUAUUCAUUUUGUAAAAACAAAAUUGAAAAUUUACCUGAAGCAAAGAAAGAAAUUGAUCAUUAUCAUAAAGUUUCUGAUUGUUUUACUUGUUUGUCAGAACAAUCAAAUAUACAAAAUAUUACACAGUACAAGACUUUGUCUAAAAUUUUGGAACAGUAUAAAAAUACUUAUAAUCUUCUUUGUGGUUCUGAGGAAGAUAAGCCACUUAAUUUAAUAAAAAAUUUGGAAGAUAACAAAAGUUGUUGUAAUAAACAGAGUGAAGAUAAUAAAAAACUUUGUAAUUUUACAGAUAUAAAAGUAUCUAUAAAGGACUGUGCCAUUUCAAAUCAAAUAAAUCAUUCCAAUAACAUAGAAAAUUGUUACAUUACAAAGUACAAGGAAAUAGAUUAUGGUUUAUUAAAAUUCUCAGAUCUAGAUGAAAUAUCUUCUAACAUAAAAAUUGAUAAAACAUUACUUAAAACUCCAAAACAUAAAUUAUGUAAAAAUUUAGAAACAAACUCAGAUUGUGUACCAAAUAAAUAUUUAGAGCAAGAAAGUUUUCUUGCUCUUGAUAAACAUUUGAAUGAUAAAACAUCAUUACUUCUAUGUGAAAAGAAAAAUAAAGAUCUUUCUUAUAUACAUUCAUAUCUGAAUGUCAAAAAUACAGAUAUUAAAAGUGAAUCUUCAGACGAACAGAUAAAUAAAUCAAAGCACACACAUUUUGCGAGUGCUUGCAAAUCAAUAUUAAUUAAUUGGGAGGAUUUCGAAAUGUCAGGACAAUAUCCAGGUCAUAGCCGACCUCCGGUUGGUACUCCUCCUCCUCAGACGGUUUGGAAUCAUCUUACAAUGGCACAAAGUCAAGUUUCAGGCUUGAAUAUUCAUCCAACAGCUUUAUCAGGUGCUGCAUUAAGUCCAGCAGGAUUUUAUACACACCCAUCUAUGGCAAGAGCAUCUCAUAUAACAUCACAACUUACACCACAACUUGCACAUACUCAAGCACCUCCAACAUGGCAUACACCAACUGUUCCAUCAAAGACUGUUACUCCAGCCAAUACUCCAGGAAAUCCUUUGUUUAGUUUACAAAUGUUGGUAGAUAAUAGGCAGAACCAAAGUCAGUAUAGAAACUCACCAGGUUCACAAAAUACUUUAGAUUUAUCUUCUACAUCUGAAAUUAUUCCUGAAAACUACUCUCGAAUACCUCAAGAUAUUCCAAUAAGUUUAACUGCAAGAAAUGUAGAUAAAGGUAGCAGAAAUGGAAAUAUUAUUUCUCCUCCAAUACCUCUAAAUGGAGAAACUUCGUCUGAUAGUGGAAUCAGUUCAUCAGUUCCAACACCUAAUUCGGUUAGUGAACCAGUUUCACUUUCAACUAAAGAAGUUACAACACCUAAAAUAACAGUAAAAAAUUUUGAAAGCAAUUUAAAAGGAGUGGCAAAUCUUCAUGAUAAGAUUAAGGAAAUGAAUGUUGAUAAUUUCACACAAAAAGUUAUAAAUUUACCACCUAGUGUAACAAUUGAAAGGGUAGUUUCAGAAAAGAAAGAACCUGAAGUUACAAAAAAUAAAGAUACUUUAAGUGUUAUUGCACAAGUGCCAAGAAAUGUUCUACCUGUUAUUGUAAAUCUUACAUCUAGAAUGGAUAAAGAUGUAACAGAUAGUCCAAAAAGAGAAUCAUCUUCAGAACGAGAUAAAAAAAUUGAAGAGACAAAUGUUAGAUCACCUAAAAAUUUGCCAAAAAGAGGUAAGAAAGGUGUAGAUUCUUUAUUAGAAAAACUAGAAGGUGGAAAUAAAAAGCUUGGUAGCGCAGAAAAUAUUGGAUCUGUUAUUGUAAUGCCAGUAGAAGAAAAAGAUACCUCGAGCGUUAAAAGUAUGUCUCCUGAUAGACAAAAGUCAAAAUCUCCAAAUAGAGAAGAUGAAGUAGUAUCUCCAGCAUUUAGCAAUGAUGAUUCUAAUGAUAAUACUAAACAACGCAGAAAAAGAAAAUUAGAAAAACCUGUACGACUUAGUAAAGACUCUAAAACAGAAGUAGAAGAUAUGGAAUUAGAACCUACAGAACCAACAGAAGCUAGAACAAGUGAACCAGUAUCAGAAGAAAGAACAAAUACAACUCCAAUUGUAAAAUUAGAAGAUAAUAUUGAUACAACAGAACAAAGAAUACCUGAAAAAGUUGAAGAAAGCAUAGAAGAAACAAGUGAAGAAAAUCAACCUAUUAGAAGGCGGAGAAGUAGUGAAAGUACACCUCCUAGUUCAAAUCCAUCAAAUCAAAGGGUGAGAAGAAAAUCUAGUGAUGAUGCAACUGAAUUUUCAAAAGUAACAAGUCCAAAACCUGUAAAUAAUACAAAUCCAUUUAAUGAAGUUGAAUCAGAACUUGAAAAAAUGUUUGCUGGUAUUGUUGAGACAGAGACAGAUGUCAAAAAAGAAGAAUCAAAAUCAGAACUUACAGAAUCCGAACUUCAAACUGGUAGUACAACAAAAACUGAAAAUUUGGAAAAUAAUAUAUUGCACACAAAAGAGACACAAAAUGUAAACCCCAUUGAUGUUUCUUCUACUGUCGAUACCAAAAUAUCUGGAAAGAAAGGAAAAAAAACCAAAGUUCAGGGAGGUAAACGAAAAAUGUCUAGAUCAUCUGAAAAUAUUUUUGGGACUGUUGGCAAUGAUAUACCUCAGAAAGAAAUCAAAAAGAGAAAAGUAUCUAAAAGUUCAAAAAAGCAAGACGCCUCAAAAAAAACUAAAAAAAAUGUAAAAGUAGAUGGAAUAAGAGAAAUGGCAUAUGAUUCUGGAUCAAAUGCAAGUUCUAUUAGAUCUCGUGGACCAGUAGUUCAUGUUGAAGGUCCAAGAGAUAGCCCAUUGAGUAUUCAGGUAGUUAAUGCUCCACGGGAAGAAGAAGAAGAAAAAAGUAAAGAAAAACGAAAGACUAUUGGAAAUAGUAAUGCGGGAAGAAGUAAGAGGCUCAGUCAUCAAAACGAUUUAGAUUAUAGAGGUAAAGUCAGUAGAGCGGGUCUCUUUAGUUCAACAUUAUCAUCGCGUUAUGACGCACAUACAACAGAUUCGACAUGGGUUUGUGUAUUUUGUAAACAAGGUCCUCAUUCUGUAAUUCCUGGGGAUCCGGCUCGACCACAUCCUAAUUUAGCUGGUCCACAUAUAGCACCUGGAACAUACACUGUUCCAGCUGGUGUUUUGAGUGAUUUAUUUGGACCAUAUUUAAUUGGCAAAGAACGUUUAGAAGAUGGAAUUCUUUCUGCUGAUGAACAAGAAAUUACUACAGAACAGAAAAAAGGCGGUAAAAACAAAAGAAGUUUGAGGUAUGCUGGCUUAGCCGAUCAAUUUACUGCAAAAAUGGGUAAAAAGAAAAGAAAUUCCAUUGAAAGUAACACUAAUGCCAUGUUUACGGGAAUGACCGUACUCCCCGGAGAAGAACAACGUUGGGAAGUUUGGCUUCAUGAACAAUGUGCUGUUUGGGCAGCUGGAGUAUACAUGGCAGGUGGAAGAGUAACAGGUUUGCAAGAAGCUGUGUGGGAUGCAGCAAAAUCGAUAUGUGACUCUUGUGGUUUAACAGGAGCAAAUAUUGGUUGCGUUAAACGUGGUUGUAAAGCUGUUAUACAUUAUCCCUGUGCAUUAACAAAAGGUUGGCACUUGGAUAUUAAUCAGUAUAUACCGAAAUGCAAUCUUCAUCGGAUUACGUGAAACUUCGCAUUUAAUAAUUUUGAGACGUUUUGAAAUUACGCUUUGCAUCAUUCGAUGCAUAAGUGUGUUUGAAGUGUGAAAGUAAAAAUGUCAAAUGUAUAAAGGACAGAAGUAUUGUAAUUUGCAUACACGAAAUAUCAAUAUGCUCGACAGAAAUAUCUUCCAAUGUACAAGAUGUUGAAACGAGAAUGCUGUUACUCUCUUGAGAAUUAAAAAUGAAAAUGGAAAUUAACGGAAAUGAAGACAACACGGAAGUUCUUCUCGUUAAUUAAAUUUAAUUAAUUUUCUUGGCCUGUGGCCUUGAACAGUGGCCUUUUCGACCUAAUGUAAAAGGAAGAUUUUUAAUUUAAAAUCUGUAGUAUAGAUGAAUUGUUGCUGAGGAACAAUAUUAAUCAAAAAAGUAUUUGCUUUUUUACUAAUAUUUAUGAAAUUUGAAAACAAAUUUUUCCCUAAAACAUCAUGUACGCGGGAAUAAAAUAUGGGGCAUAUUGUAUCAAAAUUUGAACAAAAAUUAUAAUUCAACAAAAGAAUGAAACAGCACUGAAUUUCUUCUAAGUUGUAUGUGUGUAUAUAAAAUGGGAUGGAUUAUUAAUCAAUUAAAUUGAUGGAAUUUGAAGACUCUUGACACGUUUCGAAAGAAGUGUGGAUAAGAAACAUAUAGACAAGUGUUCUCCUGUGAAUGUAAGAAAUCACCUGUAAAUAACAAAGUUCUUAUGUGAAAAAUGAUUAUUAUAUUAUUAUACAAUUUCAAUGAUAGCAAAAUAUUUUUUCGUUUUUUAAAAUCAUAUUGCUUUAGUAAGCAUGUGUAGUUAAUGUUCUUUAUUGCGGGAAAAUAUUAGUGUAAUAAUACUUAUUUCUAUUAUAAUUUUUUGAAGAUCAAUUGUGACAUAUAAAUCUCAUGUAGGUGUAAAUAAAUAGAUUUUCGCUCAUA